AUGCCUAAUGUAGGAGAAAACAAACAUAGAAAUAACAGAAACAUAUUCAUAGACGACACAAGAAAUUACAAAAGGAAAUCAAUUGAUGAACAAGAUGAUUAUUCAAUUGUUGAAGAUUUUCUCUAUUUAAAUAAGGAAAAAACGGAUUCACAGAAUGUUCAGAAGGAAAACUUAUACGUUAAUGUUAAUUUGGGUUCAACUCGUACUAGUGCUAUAGGUUUAAAUAUAGAAAAAAGUAGUAACUUAGGGGAAAAAAAAAUUGAAGAAUCAAAUAGUGUAAAAAAUUAUAAAAAUUGUGGAGAUCAAAAUGAACUCUGUUUAGAAUCUCCCCUAAAUGAAAUUCAAAGGUAUCAACUGACUUUACUUAAAAGAAGCAACCCAACUUACCCUAAGUCGCCCAAAGGAAUAGGAACUAGCAGUAAUAUGGACGGGGUAUACAAACAUAAAACAAAACAUGAAGAAGAAAAAUCUAGAGGGAAUCAUAAUAGUUCAAAGGUUGAGAUAUCCUUAAAAGAAAAUAUAAAUGAGUUAAAUAAGUGCACAGACAUGAAAAUGCAAGAACACCUUUUGCUAAUAAAAUCAAGAAAGAAUUUUAAUGAUUUACGUACUAGCAAUAUGGAUGAUGCUACAUUAAAUGAUCCAAAAAUUGCCAGUUCCAAAAAAAAAAUAGAAGCUGAAAAUAAUACGAUGAUCAAGUGUGUCAACUAUAUGAAUAAAAAUAAUAAAAUGAAAGGAUUACUUGAGAUAAAAAAGAAAGAGUAUUAUAAUGAGGAAUAUACUCUAGAUGAUGAUAAUAAAAUUAAAAAAAGUAAUAUGAUUAUUAAUAGAAGUAAAGGUUAUGAUAGCGAAUAUAUGAAUAAUGAGUUUAUCCGUAAGGACAAAACGUAUAAGCUUAAUGAAGAAGCAAUAUGUAUCAGUAAUAGAAACACUAAAAUGAACGAAGGGCAUGCAAUUCUAGAUGAUAAUACAGUAACUGAUAUGAACACUAAAAGAUGUGGACUUACGCGUAAGGGUAUCGUUUACGAAAACUACGUUAUUCAAAAGAAAAACCCACUAAUGAGUGAAAAAAAAUAUAUAAAUGAUACUAAUAAUAAACAUGAUGAUACUAAGAAAAGUAGUUUACAUAAUAAUACAAAUAAAAAUAGGAUACGUGAAGUGUCGACGAAUAGCUGUAAAAUGGACGAUGGUUGUAUGAUUUACAAGAGAGAUAAGUAUGUUAAAAAUAGUGUAAUGCAGGAUAAUAAUGGUAAUGAUAACAGUGAUAAUGAUGAUAAUAACAACGAUAACGAUAAUAAUAACAGCGAUAACGAUAAUAAUAACUAUAGUGAUAAUAAUAACAACAGCAAUAACGAUAAUAAUAACUAUAGUGAUAAUAAUAACUAUAGUGAUAAUAAUAACAACGAUAAUAAUAAUUAUUAUUAUAAUAAUGAAGAAGCAGGUAAUAACAGUAACAGUCACUAUAGCAAGAGAGGAGACAAAAGUUUGAAUGAUAAGGCAAAUACGCAAUUUUCCAAAAUGUACAAUUAUAUUGAUGAUAUAUGUGUGAAUAGAACAAAUAAUACUAAAAAUGUAAUAAAAAUUGUAGAUAAUAAUACACAGACGUCUUUCAAUAUCAAUAUUUCUAAUAGAGAAAAUAACCUGUACGAAAGGACCAUGAUUGAUACAAAUAUAAAUGCAGAAGGAAAUGGCGAUAUGAAAACAGUAAAUAAAAAUAAAACCGCUUUAACAAAUGUAAAAAUGCAGGAUAAAAAAAAUUGUUUUGGUAAAGCACUAAAUGAUAUGACGUAUAAUAAUGCACCAAAUAAAAUUAUUAACAAGAAUACAAAAAACUUAAAUGUUAACUCCAAGAUAAAAAAUGACGUAGCAAUAACUUACCUUACUUAUGAAGAAAUAACAAAUUUUCAAUUUGAAAUAAAUGAUGAUAACAUAAAUGAUAUGAUAACAAAAUUAAUUGAAAUUACAAAGGAUCAAGAAUGGACAAAACAAAUAGAAAAUUUAAUUAAUCUACGAAGAAUUCUAAAAUUUCAUCAUAAAUUAUUUUUUGAAAAUCAUACAAAGGAAUUAAGAAAAAUAUGUAGAUCAAUUAUAGAUUUGCUAAAUAGUCCAAGAUCAAGUGUGUCAAAAAAUGCACUAUUAUGUUUAUCCGAAUUUUACUCCAUUGGGAAAAAAAAAAUGGAUAUUACGUUAGAUGAUGUUAUUAUACCGUGCUUAAAAAAAGCACAUCAGACCUCCAUUGAUUUUUUAAGCAGUGCUGCUAACAAUGCAUUACUCUCUAUUUGUAAUUCAUGUAGUGAAAGUAAACUGAUUCUCCAUUUUGUUAAAAUAGUUACAUCAAAACAAAAGACAUAUAACCUGAUAUGCUUAAAGUGUUUAAUCGCUGUGAUUAUUAAAUAUGAAGAGAACAUUUGCAAAUUUAAAGAAAUGAAUAAGCUAAUAGAAGCCCUUCUUGAGUGUACUGCAGGUGGGAGCGCCGAAAUAAAGUGCACAGCAAGAGUAGCUCUGGUUGUGCUUGACAACAUAUGCCCAAUCAAACAAAUAGGUAGCAAAUUGCACAUUCCAGCAGAAAAAAUAAAAAAGAUAGAAAAUUUGACGGAGCGAACAUCAGAAAAUGAAAUUGAUAUGGUAUUAGGAAAAAUAAAGUUUAGCUAA